AUGAAAGGUAGCCACUGCCUCAGAAUAUUGACCCCUUACAGCACAACAACUGGACAACCUGUUACUGUCGAUAUAAGCUUCGCUGAGAACGCUUGCGCUGGAUAUGGAGCUAAUGUUGGUCUGGCGAACAUUAAGGAUGCCGGGGCACUUGCAGAAGCGAAAUUACUUGAGCUAAGAUCCGACUUAGUCUAUGUUUCAGCACAAUACAGUCAGAGUGCAAAAGUUUGGAGAUGGCAAGACAAUUCGAUUGUGGACUUCAAUUGGGGAACAGGCGAGCCGACCAAUGGGCGUAACUGUGUGGCGUACAAGCCAUCUCAGAAUUACACGUUCUUUACAGAGUCGUGCAACACCGUUGGGGACUUUGUUUGCCAGGUGUAUCUGCCUUAA